UGGCAAUUUGAGCGUCUCAGCCGUCUACCCUGGUCUGUUCUGGUCAGCCCCGAACUAUGAACUGAACUCUGACCGCUAACCCAACGACUUGCCACACACAUAAAGAGGCAGUAGCAGCAGCAGCAGAAGGCGACGGCGGAGGAGGUCGAUCUCCACGUAGCCACACCCAUUUGGAAACAGCACCAAGAAAUUGAAAUGUGAAUCGAACUGAAGAUGAAGACGAGCAUAAACGUACUGUGAUAGACGAGUAUACGAGCAGAACAUCUCACUGGGAUUCUGCCCCAAACACGUUUCCCGAUUCAAUCAAAUUGAAUUCGGAAUUGAACACUGAAACGAUUGAACCUUCACUAUUCAAGCGGGCUACCAGCAAAAGGCGACAAGCUGUCGACUUUAUCCAUACGCAACUUCUCGGCAAACAUGCUGAACAAUCUUGGGGCCAAUGUGUUGGGCCCCAAGGAUUGUGAUCUGCCCAAGGCCGCACUGACGGCGUUGCACGCGGGCGUUAACAGCUUCGGACAGCUGCCCGGUGCUCCGAAUCUGGCGGAUCUCGGCGGUUCGGGCGGUGGUGGCGUUGGACUGCCAGUUGGAGGUGGCGUGUCACGCCUCCACAUCUCCGGUGGACUGUGCGACAACGCGAACAACAGCGGCAACAACAGCAGCGGCGGAGGCGGAGGUGGUGGCAGCGGCAACACCAACAUGCAGCAACAGGAUCAGCUCCUGGACAAAAACAAACAGAAGAGACACCGCACGCGCUUCACCCCGGCCCAACUAAACGAGCUGGAGCGGUGCUUCUCGAAGACCCACUAUCCGGACAUUUUUAUGCGCGAGGAGAUCGCCAUGCGCAUCGGCCUCACCGAGUCCCGUGUCCAGGUCUGGUUCCAGAACCGACGCGCCAAGUGGAAGAAGCGCAAGAAGACCACCAAUGUCUUCCGCACCCCGGGAGCCCUGCUGCCCUCGCACGGACUCCCGCCCUUCGGGGCUAAUAUCACGAAUAUCGCCAUGGGUGACGGCCUCUGCGGCACCGGAAUGUUUGGCGGCGACCGCUGGAGUGUGGGGGUCAACCCCAUGACAGCAGGCUUUGGCCAGCUGAAUCAGUCGUCGCCGCUAUCUUCCUCGCUGAACAGCGGCCUCAACUCGGGCAUUAACAUGGGCUCCGCCCUGGGGGCGGGCAGCUAUCAGCACUACGGCCUGAAUGCUCUGGGAGACUCCAUGAUGUACCAGCACAGUGUGGGCGGGGUAGCCUGCGGGCCGAGCGGCUCCCCGAGCGCCACAACACCGCCGAACAUGAACAGUUGCUCCUCGGUGACCCCACCGCCAAUCUCCACGCAGCCAAACGCCAGUCAGAACGAGCUGAGCGGCGAGUCGAUGCCGCUCCACCAGCAGCAGCAACAGCAGACUCACCAGCAACAGCAACAGCAGACUCACCAACACUCGCAGAUGGCUCCGCCGACCCCAUCGCAGCAGCAGCAGCAGGAAGGACUCCACUGCCACCAGUCGAUGCAGUCGCCUACAGACGGUGCCACCGACGAGGACGUGUGGCGAGGACAUAGCAUUGCAGCGCUGCGGCGGCGAGCCUCGGAGCUUAACGCCACGGCUAUCCCAUCGUACUUGCACCAUGCCGCAGCCGCCCACAACAACUACGAGCAUCACAAUUCGGUGUACUGAAAUUUGUUGAAAAGCUUUGAAAGCUUUUCGGAUUACGGUUUUACCAAUUGCGGGAACCAUGACUUCUAAGGCCCGAACCCCAACAAUUUGACAACCACUGGCAAUGGAAGCGAAUGGAAGCGAAGCGUUAUAAGAUAACCAAAACCUAUGUUUAGAAUAUUGUACAAUUUAUGUGUUUUCGUUGUUUGUUUCUGAUUUCUUCAUCCAAGGAUGACCGGAGAGGUACCCGGAUUCCCCGGGAAGAGAGUGUAUUUUAGACUUAAAAGACUAUAAUGAAUGUAAACCAUGUAUACGAGAAACAAAACUUGAGAAGGCGGCAACCUAAGAGGAACCCAAGUUGUUAAAAGAAAACCAUCUAUAUGAAUGUAUUCCAAAAUAGAGUCAUAAGCACACGCACAUUCACAUCCACACGGAAAUUAUAACUAUUCCAGCAUAUACAAUAUAUAUAUAGAUACUAAAUAUAACAUUUACUGUAUGAGUAUACGAAAAUUGUAAAAAUUAAAUUGCGGAAUAGAGAGAGUAGUCCUUCGAUGAGUCACAAUAAUUUUUGGCAAGGGAACAUCUCCAAGUUCUCCGCUUAGUUCGUACUUAUUUAAGCAUACUUAUGCCUAGGAGAAGGAGUGUAUGUAAGUAGACCUAUACUUUUGUAAGUGUUGUUGUUUUUGUGUAUUGGCAGUGUUCCGUUCAGUUGCUAUCACUUGAUCUAACCAUACGAUACCAACAUAUGCAAUAUA